AGUUGGCGUUGUUGGUGAUCUGAGAUCAACUAAGUCAAAAGUCAGAACCUGGGACCUUCAGGCUUUGAAACAGGUCGGUGCAGGUCGGCGCGAGGCGGGGACAUGAAGCUGUUCAGCCUCAGUGUGCUGUACAAAGCGGACGCGAAAGCCAACCUCCUGAAAGCCGCCUACGACGUGUCGUCUUUCAGCUUCUUCCAGAGAUCCAGCGUCCAGGAGUUUAUGACGUUCACAAGUCAGCUGAUAGUGGAACGUUCAGUGAAAGGGAGCCGGGCGGCGGUGAAAGAACAAGAUUACCUGUGUCACGUGUACGUGAGGAACGACUCUCUGGCCGGGGUGGUGAUUGCAGAUAACGAGUAUCCCUCCCGUGUCUGCUUCACGCUGCUCGAUAAGGUGUUGGAUGAAUUCUCCAGACAGGUGGACAGGAUUGACUGGCCCUCAGGGUGUCCAGCAAAUAUCCACUACCAAGGACUCGAUGCCUACCUCGCCCGAUACCAGAACCCUCGAGAAGCUGACGCCAUGUCCAAAGUGCAAGCAGAACUGGACGAAACCAAGAUCAUUCUGCACAACACCAUGGAGUCUCUGCUGGAGCGAGGAGAGAAGUUGGAUGAUCUGGUCUCCAAGUCGGAGGUGCUGGGCACACAGUCUAAAGCCUUCUAUAAAACAGCUCGGAAGCAGAAUUCUUGCUGUGACAUUAUGUGAGACGCACUCCAAUCCUCUGCCUUCAGUAACAUUCGGUUCAACAAGAAAAUCUCCCGUCAGCCUCUCAGUCUGAUGGCUCCGACCAGUACUUUCUGUGUCUUGUGUGAUCUCAGAACAAAGACUAAUGAGGCUGAAGGAUGAAGAGAGUCGUGUGUGUGUGAGAUAUUGUGUUGCUGUGUGUAUGUUUGUGGAGAGAGUAACUUGCUGAGUGGGUGCAUAGAGAGAGACACAAUAACACACGUGUGUGUGUGUGUAUCUACGAGU